AAAAAAUCAUUAGCAUAUCAACAUUCUUUAUUUAUUUCUCUAUUAUAUUAUAAACUCAUAUUUUAAUUUAGAUCAAGCAUUUUGUCAUCAUAGAUAAGAGAUUCUCAAUGAAAAUCCUCACUAGCUUAGGAAUAUUAUUGUUUCUCAAUGUCAUUCUAGUUACUUGCCAGGCAAUGCAGCACCAUAAGUUUGUGGUGAGAGAUGCUUCGUUCACAAAGCUUUGCAGCACAAAGAAUAUCUUAACAGUAAAUGGAGAAUUUCCAGGGCCAACAUUGUAUGUUACGAAAGGAGAAAGCAUAAUUGUUGAUGUGUAUAACAGAGCUAACUAUAACAUCACCAUUCACUGGCAUGGAGUGAACCAACCAAGAUAUCCAUGGUCUGAUGGCCCUGAAUUCAUUACUCAGUGUCCCAUUCAACCUGGUGGUUUGUUCUCUCAAAAGGUUAUCUUUUCUGAAGAGGAAGGCACACUUUGGUGGCAUGCUCACAGUGAUUGGUCUCGUGCUACUGUUCACGGUGCUAUUGUCAUUCAACCCAAGCCUGGAAAUACAUAUCCAUUUCCAAAGCCAGACAGAGAGGUCCCCAUUGUACUAGGUGAAUGGUGGAAGGAAGACAUUGUCCAAGUUUUCAAUAACUUUGAAACGGGGGGAGGAGAUCCUGUUGCUUCAGAUGCUUAUACUAUCAAUGGCCAACCUGGUGAUCUUUAUAAUUGCUCUAACAACGAAACCUUCAAAGUAAAUGUGGAACAUGGCAAGACAUAUCUUCUGAGAAUGGUGCAUGCUGGAAUGCAAGACCUUCUCUUCUUUGCAAUUGCGAAGCACCAAUUGAAAGUGGUGGGAAGCGAUGGAAGCUAUGUGAAGCCAUUCAAAGUAGACUACAUAACAAUAUCACCAGGUCAAACCAUGGAUGUGCUGCUUGAAGCUAAUCAACCUUUGGAUCGUUAUUACAUGGCUGCUAAAGUGUAUUCAAGUGCUACCAAUGUUUCAUUUGACACCACAACCACCACUGCCAUUGUGCAAUACAAAAAGGCAAAACAAAUUAUUCCAUCGUUUUCAUCAAGAACCCCUUACAUGCCUUCACUUCCAUCUUACAAUGACACCAAUGCAUCUAUCAACAUGAUAAGUCAAAUGAGAAGCUUAGCAGAUGAAGCACAUCCAAUUGACGUGCCAUUGAACAUAACUACCAACCUGUUCUACACAGUUUCGGUGAAUUCAUUACCAUGUUCAACAUGCGAAGCUAGUCAUAUACCAGGGAACCGCCUUGCAGCAAGUGUAAAUAACAUAAGCUUCCAAUUGCCAUCGGAAAACAACAUUUUGAAUGCUUACUAUAACCACCUUCAAGGUGUAUAUACACAAGAUUUUCCAGAUGUGCCACCAGAACUAUUUGAUUUCACUGCUUCCGAUUUGCCCACAUUUCUUAGAACUCCAUCGGUAGAUACAGAGGUGAAGGUGGUUGAGUAUGGGUCCACGGUGGAGCUUGUUCUUCAAGGGACUAAUUUGCUGGCUGGUACUGAGCAUCCAAUGCACUUUCAUGGUCAUAGCUUCUAUGUAGUUGGAUGGGGAUUCGGAAACUUUGACAAAGACAAAGAUCCUCUCACAUAUAAUCUUGUUGAUCCUCCUUAUCAGAAUACGGUCGCUAUACCCAAAAAUGGAUGGGUAACCAUAAGAUUCAAGGCAGAAAAUCCAGGUGUGUGGUUCAUGCAUUGUCACUUAGAGCGACAUGUGAGUUGGGGAAUGGCUAUGACUUUCAUUGUCAAAGAUGGAAAGAAUCCUGAAGAGCAGAUGUUGCCACCACCACCAGACAUGCCACAAUGUCAAAAUAUUCAUUCAUUAGUACAAAAAUUAGAUUCAUUCUUUUUUUAGUUUUUUUAUUGCUUCAUUAUUUUUAGUCUUUCAUUAAACCAUUGUCAUUAUCUUGGAAUAACACAUAAUAAAGAGUAGUGAAUUGUUGUAUUUAAGGGAAAUUUUUAAC